UACUUCGUAAACAGGAAAGAGAAGUUCGAGUUCGCGAAUCCGGGAGCAGCGACAAGUAGCAAUGGCGAGCAGCAAGAGCACGAGGCGGCCCGCCGCCCGACGCGGUGGCGGUCCUCCGCGGCCACCGCGCCUCCGUCAUGGACGUCUGCUUCCACUCCUCCCUCCCCCUCCUCUUCUCCGGCGCUGCUGAUGGUGAGCUCCGCGUAUGGGACACAGUCCAGCACCGAACUCUCUCCUCCACCUGGGCUCACGGUGGUGCGGCGGGUGUCUACUCCGUGGCCACGAGUGCUUCUACUGGGGACAGAGUAAUCAGUCAAGGAAGGGAUGGCACAGUCAAGUGCUGGGCGAUCGAGGACGGCGGCCUCUCCAAGAAACCUUUGGUUACAUUGAGGACGAAUACUUAUCAUUUCUGCAAGAUUUCUCUGGUGAAGUCUCCUAUUGGACUGGUGGAGACUGGUUUUUCAACUGCUGAGUUGAAGGAAGAUGAAAGAGAUGUCCCUGCUAAAUCUUCAUCCCCAAUGGGAGGACGAAACAUUAUGGCAUUGGCUGGCGAGGAACCUUCUCAGGUUGAACUUUGGGAUGUCAGUGCUGGAGAAAAAGUAAUAAGCUUGCCCAAGGCUCAAAAUAUGCCUUCAAUGGAACACCACAAAAAACACAAAGGAAUGUGUAUGGCAGUGCAAGCAUUUUCGCCAGCCGAGUCCCAGGGAUUUCUAAAUCUAUUGUCAGGUUAUGAAGAUGGAAGCAUGCUUUUGUGGGAUGCAAGAAAGCCUGAUGUUCCCAUAUCUGAUGUAAAACAUCAUUCAGAGGCUGUUUUAAGUCUAUCGGUUGAUGGAUCAUGCACUGGUGGCAUUUCUGGAUCUGCAGAUAACAAGAUUGUGAUAUUUAGUCUUGAUCACGGAACGGGUUCCUUAGCUUUAAAAAAAGAGAUAAAUUUGGAGAGACCUGGCAUAGCAGGCACCUCAAUCAGAUCAGACAAUAAAAUUGCAGCAAGUGCUGGAUGGGAUCAUAGGAUACGGGUAUAUAAUUAUCGUAAAGGCAAUGCUCUUGCAGUGCUGAAGUAUCAUACUGCUUCGUGCAAUGGCGUAUCGUUCUCCACUGAUUGCAAGCUAAUGGCGACUUGCUCAGAGGAUACAACCAUAGCAUUGUGGGAACUCUAUCCUCCUCAAAAUCAAACCACAAGAGUCAUGCCUGCUUUUGAGCAUGAUGGUACAUGACACCAAUAAGUCCAGUUUUCUUCAUUAAAUAUUUUUUCGGAGAUGUGAAUGAAAGACAUGGGCAAUAUCGACGACUCAAUGAAAGAGCUAGGAGCAGGGGAUUACUAGUUAUUAUGGAAAAUUCUAGUUGUGUGUAUAAAUCAAGGUUUUUAGCAUGCAAAGUAAUGGUGACAACAAUUAAUUCAGUUCCUCUCCAUGCCAAUGAUUUUUCUCGUUAACUGUCUUUUAUAAAUAUAAACUUGAUCUUGUUGCUUUAUGGA